AGCAGCUCGAGGUUCACAGCAAGGCACGUCACCUGGCCUUUCACCCGCCACCAAUCGAGGUCGAAAUCCCCAGCUAACCCGCUCCAGUCAUACGUCCUCCGCUGGGUCAAGGUCGACGAUGGAAAUACCCUGUCAUGGAGUGUCCAGCCUCACAAGAAGUCCAUGUACGGAUCAUCCCCCUUUCCCAUCUCUCGCGCGCGCGACAGAGUCAAUCCACCCUUUUCGACACCCCGCGCUGACACGCCAGCAGCAACUUUGGUAUAGUUAAACAUCCCGGAAGCGGUGCCACGACCUUUGCUGCCUCGACGGGCGACUCUCUCGAUGCCGGCACCGACGAGACACGUGGCGCAUCUGACGGCAAGUCGAGCCGCUUCUCCAAGAAAGAAAUCACAGCCCAGGACCUCCUGAAGAGCAAGGGCUUCAUCCCCAUCAAAUGGACUGGAAAAUGCGAGGCGGACAAGGUGUCCAUGGGUACCCACGAGGUCCUCCAGGGACAGAGCGGCAUGUACGGCCUUGUCUUUGAUAAUACCUUCUCCAAGCAGACUUCCAAGACCGCAACCUUCGUCGUCCUCACCUACCCGACCGGCUCCGCGCCCCAUGCCUCGUCCCACCUACCGAAUCUCCAGGCGUCCAAGGCUGGCAGCAGCCAGAUCAGUCUUGGCCGACACAGCGCUGCGAAUCUCGAGGGCAUCGCGUCUGCCUCUGUCGACAGUCUCCACAGCCAUAAAGCCGGAGGAAAGGCGAUAUCUGUGUCCGGCCGAAGCGACGGAGGGGGCAAUUCGAGUAACUACCACGUUGGAAGCCUCCACAAGCGGCGACGUAAGAAGGGACAAGGUUAUGCACGUCGCUUCUUCUCCCUCGACUACUCUACCUGCACGCUGUCGUACUACUACAACCGAAACUCCUCGGCCCUGCGAGGCGCCAUCCCUUUGAGUCUCGCUGCCGUCGCCGCCGACGAACGACGGAGAGAAAUCAGCAUCGACUCUGGUGCAGAGGUCUGGCACCUCAAAGCCCCCAAUGACAAGGAGUUUCAGGAAUGGGCUCGCGCGUUGGAACGGGCCAGCCGUGUUGCAAGGGGACUGGAGGUGCAGGAUCUACCUUUGCGGUCCGACAUCAAAGUCAACACUCACAUGCAACCCAUGCAACAAUCAUCCCCUCAAGAGGAUCGAGAAUGGCAACAAGUGGAGGCUUUGGUCAGUCGCGUUGUCGGAACUCGUGAUGCGCUCCGUCGCCUAACACGGGAGGUUACAACGCAUUCGAAGUCAACAACCUCACCGAAGUUUCUUUCCCCCAGCCCCGGCGGUGCCAUCGAAGAGGAGGAUACAUAUUUCAGUACGGCACCGGAGAGAAAGUCAUUUUGGAGGCGGAAAUCAGGCACACCGGCAGCAAUGACGCCGACAAAUGCUGUUCAUGCUUCUACCGCCGCUGCCCUUGCUGUACCGUCUCCGGGGAGCGUCACCACAACGAUAUCCGCGAGCGGGCCCAAUGCGGCGAACAGAAGGUCAAGAGGAAAUUCGAUCCAGGAGGAAAACUCUCUCCAGGACCACUGUCAGGCACUCCUGGCUGACCUCGACUCCGUGGUGGCCGAGUUUACGACAGUUAUCAACAAUAGUAAAAGGCGCCGUAUACCAAAUUCCGCGUCCGCUGGCGGAGGUCCGAGAAAGAGCAUGGAGUCCGUUUCGACAGCUGAUGAGUUCUUCGAUGCCGAGGAUGCCACCUCUGGUGUUCUCAAGAUUGACAAGAUUGACGCAAGUGAAGAGGAGACUCCUGGUUCCGACGGAGACGAGCCUUCUUUCCAGGACAACUCUUCCAUCUCGUCAAUAGGGGAAGACGAGAAGGUCGAUACUGAUGAUGUCAAUCAACUCUUCCCUUCGAAGCCUAAGAACCUUGCUCCGUUACCUUUCGAUAAACCGGUCGCGAGACGAACAACCAUUGCACCCGCAACCGUUCUACCACCAAGUCUAAUCGCUUUCGUAAGGAAGAAUGUGGGAAAGGACCUAAGCACCAUCAGCAUGCCUGUCUCAUCAAAUGAGCCCCUUUCGCUCCUACAAAAAGUGGCUGAACAGCUGGAGUACGGUCAGUUGCUAAACCAAGCCGCCAAGCAGUCGUCUCCAACGGAUCGGCUCCUGUUUGUGGCCUCCUUUGCUAUCUCACAAUUUAGCAAUGGCCGAGCAAAGGAGCGAGCGAUCCGAAAGCCAUUCAACCCCUUGCUGGGCGAAACCUUCGAACUCGUCCGAUCUGAGAAGGAGGUUCCCGGAGGAUUUAGGCUCAUUGUUGAGAAGGUACAACAUCGUCCGGUGGUACUGGCUAUGCAGGCGGACUCAACCAAUUGGUCGUUCUCUCAGUCGCCUGCCCCCGGCCAGAAGUUCUGGGGUAAGAGUGCCGAAAUUACUACCGAGGGUCGUGUGCGUAUAGUCCUGCGCCUGUCGAACGGACAAGAGGAACGUUAUUCAUGGAAUAUCGCUACCAUGUUCUUGCGCAACGUUGUGAUGGGCGAGAAGUAUGUUGAACCCGUCGGGACGAUGCAUGUCGUCAAUGAUAGCAGUGGUCACAAGGCAGCAGUCGAGUUUAAGAGCAAGGGAAUGUUUGGUGGACGAGCCGAGGACGUCGUCGUCGAAAUCUUCAGCCCCGAAGGAGUCAAUACUGGUAGCGGUCUGGUCGGUACAUGGACUACCGGGCUGAAGACGUCAGGCAAGGGAGGGGGCCAAGAAAUCUGGCGGGUCGGAACGUUGGUGGAAAACGCGGCGCAGACGUACGGAUUGACGUCGUUUGCUGCAACGUUAAAUGAGAUCACCGAUAUCGACCAGGGCAAACUGCCACCAACGGAUUGUCGACUGCGUCCUGACCAGCGUCUAGCGGAGCAGGGCAAGUUGGAUGACGCCGAGGAGUGGAAGCACGGAUUGGAAGAGGCACAACGUGCACGACGACGAGAUUUGGAAGAGCGAGGCGAGAUGUACAAACCGCGGUGGUUCGUAAAGGCCGAGAACUGCCCAGAAGGCGAGGAGGUCUGGAAGUUGAAGAGCGGGAAAGAAGGAUAUUGGGAGGAGCGUGCGCGGGGCGCCUGGCAAGGCGUUGAGGACAUUUUUGUUCUCCCCGAAGACCAAUAGAGGCGUUGGUAAUUCGAAUUUCCAUGACUGUAAUGUUUGAUACCCAUGCAUCUGGCAUUGACCGACCGUUGCUCAAUUGUGCA